UGUUCCGGUGAGAGCAGCCGGCCGGUUCAUGUGGCGGCGGCCGCGGCCACGGUGGGGAUCUUCAGCGUUGUCGCAGUGCCAGCCUGGUUGGGUGGGUUUGCAGCCCCUUGAAUGGUGAAUGGUCAGUGACCCAGUCAUGCUGCGUGAGGCGCCGGAGGGCCUGGCCUCUGCCGUUCUGAAGCCCCUGGCAGCUUCUGUGCUGUGCCCAGUGGAGCCAGUUGGAAGAUGGUUUGAGGCACUUGUAAAGAGACGGGCAAGGAAUGUAUCAGCUUCCUUUCAUGAAUUGGAAGAUGAGAAGGAAUCAUCUUCUGAGUCAGAAGAUGAAGAAUUACAACUUGAGGAAUAUCCAUUGCUGAAAACACUUGAGCCAAAAGACUGGAAGAAUCAAGAUCAUUAUGCUGUUCUUGGGUUAGGACGUUUGAGAUACAAAGCAACACAGAGACAAAUCAAGUCAGCACAUAAAGCCAUGGUAUUGAAACAUCAUCCAGACAAAAGGAAAGCAGCAGGAGAACAAAUAGGGGAAGGAGACAAUGAUUAUUUUACAUGUAUCACAAAAGCCAAUGAAAUAUUGUCAGAUCCUUUGAAACGUCGCGCAUUUGACAGCGUAGAUCCCACUUUUGACAAUACGAUUCCUUCCAAAAGUGAAGCAAAAGAGAACUUCAUUGAGGUGUUCCAGGCAGCCUUUGAACGGAAUGCCAGGUGGUCUAAAAACAAACAUGUUCCAAAGCUGGGCAAUUUGAAUUCUUCUAUUGAAGAAGUUGAUGCAUUUUAUUCAUUCUGGUAUAACUUUGACUCCUGGCGGGAAUUUUCUUACUUAGACGAAGAAGAGAAAGAAAAAGCUGAGUGCCGAGAUGAGAGGAAGUGGAUUGAGAAGCAGAACCGAGCAGCUCGGGCACAGAGGAAGAAAGAAGAAAUGAAUAGAAUAAGGACCUUAGUUGAUACUGCAUACAAUUGUGAUCCUAGAAUUAAGAAGUUUAAAGAAGAAGAAAAGGCAAGGAAAGAAGCAGAAAAGAAGGCAAAGGCUGAAGCAAAAAGAAAAGAGCAAGAAGAAAAAGAGAAACAAAAACAGGCUGAAUUGGAAAUUGUUCGAUUAGCCAAAGAAAAAGAAGAGGAAGAAGCCAGACAGCAGGCACUACAAUUGAAGAAGGAAAAAGAAAUACAGAAGAAAGCAAUUAAGAAAGAAAGGCAAAAGCUGCGUACAGUCUGUAAGAAUUGGAACUACUUUACGGAUAAUCAAGCUGAAAAUGUGAAAAUGAUGGAGGAUGUGGAGAAACUCUGUGACCGACUUGAAUUAGUGAGCCUACAAACCUUAAAUGAAGUACUUGCAUCAAGUACAAGGGAUGAAGGCCAAGUUGAAAUUCAGAAACGGAUCCAAGAGGUGAAUGCACAAUUAGCAAAAGAAAAGGAGGAAGCAGAGGCACGCAUGCGGCAGGCUACAAAAAGCUCAGAUCAUGUUGCAGGUUGUGGAGGAGGGAGCAAAGCCUGGCUUGAGGAUGACUUGCAGCUCCUGAUAAAGGGUGUAAAUAUCUUCCCUGCUGGAACUAAUGCAAGGUGGGAAGUAAUUGCUAACUUUAUCAAUUCACAUUCAACAAGUGGAAUUAAAAGAACAGCCAAGGAUGUAAUCCACAAAGCCAAGAAUUUACAAAAACUUGAUCCUCAACAAAAAGAUGAAAUAAACAAGAAGGCAUUUGAAAAAUUCAAUAAGGAACACAGUACGGCAGCCGCAACAGUAGAUAAGGCAAUUCCUUCAGAAAGAUUUGAGGUGCCUGGUUGUGAAAUUAACCCUUGGACAGCAGAAGAACAGAAGCUUUUGGAACAGGCACUGAAGACAUAUCCAGUUAACACACCUGAACGAUGGGAGAAAAUAGCAGCUACUGUUCCGGGAAGAACCAAGAAAGAUUGCAUGAAGAGAUACAAGGAACUUGUUGAAAUGGUUAAAGCGAAAAAAGCUGCACAAGACCAAGUUAAUACUGCUAGACUGAAGAAAUGAAAUGAUCCACAAUCCCUUUUAUCACUGUGCAUGUGUUAUUUGAUAAUAAAAUGGUAAAAUCCAG